GGAUGCGCUGAGUGACAGCGGAGAGGUCUCGAGAAGUUUGCUGCACUCCAGCUGCAGCGGAGACUCAGUUCGCAGCCCGAAUAUGAGCCUGGACUGACCUCGGAAAAGGCGGCCGGCAGGAUGUCGAUCGAGGUGGAGGCGCUGCUGCAGGAGGCGAAGGAGAGCAUCGAGGCGGCGCAGAACUACAGGAGCGAGCUGCAGCUGCGCCUGCAGGGGCUCGUCCAGGCGCGCAAACAGAUCCGGGGCAGCGCCACGCAGACCCGGGAGGUGCUGAGGCAGCACUUCCAGGAGCUGCAGGGGUCAGUGAGCCGGCUGCUGGGCGAGCGGCUGGCCGAGCUGCUGCGCGAGGUGGACGCCAUCGAGCAGGAGAGCGUGCGGCCGCUGGACGACUGCCAGAAGCUGAUCGAGAACGGCGUGAGCACCGCCGACGAGCUGCUGAGGGAGGGUGAGGCCGCUCUGCGCUGUGGGAUUGGAGAGAAGGAUGACAAGCUGGGCAGCUUCACGAAGAAGGCUCUGCAGAUCCAGCUGGACAGCUUGCCCGAGGUGCCCUCGCUUGUGGAGGUGCCCUGCUUGUCGGCCCAGCUGGACGACUCCCUGCUCCCGGGCGUGAAGGAGAGGAUCUUCAGCCACGGCAGCGUGGCCUCGCACCCCCCCGUCCAGAUCGACGAGCUGGUGGAGCGGCCGGGGGGCAUCCUGGUGCGCUGGUGCAGGGUAGACGACGACUUUGUGGCCCAGGACUACCGUCUGCAGUACCGGAGGGGCGCGGCCGGCCAGUACGAGGAGGCCUACAUCGGGAAGGAGACGGAGUUCAUCGUGCUGCACAUCGACCCGCACACCGACUACCUGUUCCGCGUGUGCGCCAGGGGAGACGGGAGGCGCGAGUGGAGCCCCUGGAGCAUCCCGCAGACCGCCUGCACCACCCUGGCGCCUCAUGAGUGGCGCGUGGGCAGCGAGGGGUACAGCCUGAGCAGCCGGAGGAACAUCGCCCUGAGGAACGACAUGCCGCCCGCCCGAGCCGGCGUUCUGUACUCCAGCUCCCCGACCUACUUCUGCGGACAGACCCUCACCUUCAGGUGGGUCUGCUGUCACCCCCGACGUGUGUACUUAACCCUCCUGCUAAUCUCCCCCCCAGGUGCUGUGUUUGUGAACGGCAAGGAGAUGACCAACCAGCUGCCCGCGGUCACCGUUGGGUCUGCCGUGACCUUUGACAUGGAGGUUGUUAGCCUGCUUCCUGUGAACAACGACAUCAGCGACGGGGGGAACUUCAAACUGAGAGUUACGAUUGGCUCGGGCAACAGGGAGGUAGUGUUUGACUGGGUCCUGGAUCAGGGAGUGGACUGCCUGUUUUUCGGAUGUUCGUUUACCUACCCGGGAUGGAAGGUGUUGGUGUUCUGAUCCGGGCGGGGCAGAGCUGCAGCAUGGCUUUCUCCAGAGACUUAGCAGGCUGGAAUUAAACAGGUCAGGCAGAGUGGUUAUGCUAACUGGGGCCUUAGGUGUGUCGCACACAAUCCUACCAUAGAUUCAGCGAGUGUCAGUUGACACAAAUCGUGGACUUUUUUAAAGUAGUUAAAAUUCAUGUAUUGUGUCCAGUAAGUGAAAUCCUCAGAACAAUUUAACUAAUCCCCUGUUGCUCUGAUCAGCUGGGCUUCAUUUUUGGGGCUUUGUCAAGGGUCUCUGAAGGUCACUUGACCCAGCCAGCGGGUUCUGCAGUCCGAUGGGCUUCAAACCCAAUCCCUAUAAACACACUGCCUUCCCACAAUGCCCUGCACCAUGUGCAAAUUUUAAUAAUGAAUAUGGCCGACAUUCCUCUACCUACACUGUGUACUCCAAAUGACACUUGACAGAUCAAUCAAUGCUCAGCAAUCUCCAGGGAGAAAAACUGAUAUCAGGGAUUAAUAAUAAUAAACCGACACAAGUUGCCUUAGCCAAGAGUAGAGAAGUCAUGCUGCACGCCUCCUCAGUUAAUGUCUCAAGGAGCUGAGAGGAAUGGUCUCAGGCAAGAUGCAAGAAACCCAACUCUUCGUUUUUUUACUUCUUCUUUUUUUGCUGAGACAAUCUUAAAAACCUUUGCGUUGAACUUCAGUUGUGAAAGUGGAGGCCGGUGGGCUUUGGGGACCCCCCCUGGUGUCCAGAGAGGUGCCUCCAGCUGUCUGCGGCAGCCGCCUGCUCCCUCGCUCACAGAGCUCCGAGCGGCCGAUCGCACACCUGCAGGGAGACAGCUUGCCUGAGAAAUGUGACUCCUUUACUGGCGAAGUGUUCUGUUGGAAAAGUGUUGAAAGAUGAAAUGGUGAAGACACUUUUCGAUCUAUGAGCCAAACAUGCUACCAUUAUGAUAUAUUUAACUUAACCAGAGAGAAAGAAUUUGUCAACGGUUUACAGUUGUGACAAGAUAAUGCCAAGAAUAAAUAUUGGAUUUUUUAGGUCACGUUCCUUUUUAGAACGUGUGUCCUCCUCUUGUCGUGAUUUAUAUUAAUCUUUAGUAGGAAAAUACGUCUUUACUGAAAGCUAGAUAUACCAUAUGGUCGUCUCCUGUCUGUAACCCUCCUUAAAUAUACAGGUACGUCAGGAAAUUGAGUCUCCACUUGAUGUGAAUAAUCUAGUAUUUCCAGUAAUGGAAAUGUAACUCCCUGCUACUCGUCUCUCGUCAUGUAAUGGGGAACAGUUUUCCUCACUGUAAUCUCCCACCCCGCUUGAAUAUAGUGCCUUUGAUUGAUUUCUGGAGGCUCUUUGCCCAAGACCCCAGAACAGGUACUGAGCUUGCGUGCGGAGCAAGAGCUCUCCAGCGGGUCAGUAUUACCUGGAGGAGUUACAAAGCAGGUGCUGCCUGUGCCCGUCCCAGGACCUCACCUGUGCUGCCUUCUUGUUUCAUUGUGAACUGGGCUUGUUUUUUUACCAAAGAUAUUUUAAUAUUUUAUUAAUUAAAAGGCUCUUUUUAUCUUUCCUCUUCUUUAUAGUCAACUUUUAAUUGGAUGGAAAAAACCAUUCUAAGUCAUACAGUGUCUCUCUUUUCGUAUCCCCCGUUACUCUUCUCCCUGGGGGGAUUCAGGGGCUGAGAGUUUUCAUUCUUUUUUGAGCUUUUCUUCUUUGUUCUGGAUGUUUGAAUAAGGCAAGUAGGGAGCAAUAAGGCAAGUAGCAUCACCGUAUCAGAGCCUCACAAACAGUCCCGUUUAAAGAAAGCCGACCUCGAAAAUAAAAAUGCAUUUUCCCGAGUGUGGACGGAUGGUAGUAGCUACAGUACUUGGUGGAUGUACCCUACGUGUGAUGUUGUCUCUCUCCGUGAAGAAAACGUAGAAGACAGUUUCCUCUUUCCUCGUGCAAAGCUGAGCCCCUGUGCCGCAGGGCGAGGAUGUGGUGUUAAUGUGGAGCCCCUGGGGCGGUUUCCUGCCGUGUAGGUGUAAUGGCGACCAAGGGGUUUCGCUAAUUGAUGUGGAAAGAACCAUCUGAAUGUCUGAACGAGCAGGUACUGAUUUUCCCAGCGAGACCGGUUUCUUCGUUUCCUGGAGGGCAGGUUGGAGAGCCGCACAUUUUCUUCUCUAGGUUUUUUUUUUUUCCAAGUGCCUCUCCCAUUUAGCACGGCACAGUUGAACUACACUUUUCUGCUUAGAUCAGGCUCUUUCUGCUAUACGGCAAUCGCAUGUUUCCCCCACUUCAAAGCCCACUAUUGCUGUGAGGUUACAGACUGUGCCUCUUUAUACAGAAACCUUUAGAAAAUGUGACUUCAUUAUAACUUAAAACAUGUUUUUCUCUGGGAUGACAUACCUCAUUGUUGCCUAUGCCUACUUAAACAUGCAUAUUUUUUUUCUUGUAACGUAUGAAAGCUACAGAAUGCAGGUUUCAAUUUUUUUUGCAACUUGAUUUGUAUGCUUGUUGUUACACCUUACGUGACAUGUUGUAAUAAAUUCUUGGAAUACAAUAAAGACAUUUGCAGGCCAA